AUGGCCUCUAUCUCUCGCGCUUUGCGGCCCUUGUCGCGUACUUAUCCCUCGGUUCGCCUAUCCUCGAAACGCCUGGCUACGUACCGCCCUCUUCAGAGUGCCUAUGCCUUCUCAACCACGCCCCGCCGGCGGGAUGCUGACAUCUCGUCCCUCACCCCAACGCCGAUCAGCCAUUUAUCCGAUAUCGAAUCAUUGAUGGCCGACUCGGUCUCUAAGUUCGCACAGGAGCAGAUCGCCCCCAAAGUCAGGGACAUGGACGAGGCUGAGACUAUGGACUCGGCUCUUGUGGAACAGCUCUUCGAGCAGGGCUUGAUGGGUAUCGAGAUCCCCGAAGAAUACGGUGGUGCCGGUAUGAAUUUCACUGCUGCGAUCGUGGCGAUCGAGGAGCUUGCACGUGUCGACCCUAGUGUUAGUGUCAUGGUCGAUGUGCACAACACCCUUGUGAACACAGCGAUCAUGCGGUAUGGAGACGCUCAAUCCCAUCGCACCUGGCUGCCUAAGCUGAGCACCGGCACCGUUGGCUCUUUCUGUCUUUCCGAGCCCGUCUCUGGCUCGGACGCAUUCGCGCUGCAGACCAAGGCGGAGAAGACUGCAGACGGCUACAAGCUAAACGGCUCCAAGAUGUGGAUUACGAAUGCCAUGGAGUCAGGUAUCUUCAUCGUUUUUGCCAACCUGAACCCCAGCCAGGGUUACAAGGGCAUCACAGCCUUUAUCGUCGAGAAGGGAACACCAGGAUUUUCAGUCGCGAAGAAGGAGAAGAAGCUUGGUAUCCGCGCCAGCAGCACCUGUGUGUUGAACUUUGACGACGUCGUGAUCCCCAAGAGCAAUCUUCUCGGUGAGGAAGGCCAAGGUUACAAAUAUGCCAUCAAUAUCUUGAACGAGGGCCGUAUUGGUAUUGCGGCCCAAAUGACGGGUCUAGCUCUUGGCGCGUGGGAGAACGCCGCUCGCUACGUCUGGAAUGACCGCAAGCAAUUUGGUCAGUUGAUUGGUAAUUUCCAGGGCAUGCAGCACCAGAUCGCUCAGGCUUAUACCGAAAUCGCUGCCGCGCGGGCGCUUGUCUACAAUGCUGCCCGCAAAAAGGAGGCCGGUCAGGAUUUUGUCCAAGAUGCCGCCAUGGCCAAGCUGUAUGCCUCGCAGGUCGCAGGCCGUGUAUCUGGCUUGGCUGUCGAGUGGAUGGGUGGUAUGGGCUUUGUUCGCGAGGGCAUCGCCGAGAAGAUGUUCCGCGACAGCAAGAUUGGUGCCAUUUACGAGGGCACCAGCAACAUCCAGCUGACGACCAUUGCCAAACUGUUGCAGAAGGAGUACACCAACUAG